AUGAACACACACUCGUGGACACACACUCGUGGACACACAUUGUGCCGUUUAGAACGGUCCAUUAUUGGGCGAGUGCAUUCUGAGCGAAUGCGGCGGCCUCGAGGGUUACGGGAGGAGGAGAGCGAGAGUUGGGUGCGACCAAGUCCGGACUAUCGAGGAGGGUCUUCGGGUGACAACCAGAUGGCGGAUCUGGUGGCGCCUUCGUCGCCGACGAUUCACCGAUUCGCGACCAAGGCGGAGGUGCGUAGUGCGGAGGACUCAGGCGGCCUUGGAGGGGCUCAUCCGGGACCGAGUUUGGCGGCGCAGUCGGCGCAUCGGUCACCACGGAUUGAAGAGGCGGCCAUCAAUAGUGGUGCUGUCGAUGAACUCCGGGGCACGGGUCGUGGCACUGGUCACGAACCUCGUAACGUGAUGGAAGAGACGGCGGCGAUGAUUGAUUUGAACCUGUCGGAUUACACAGCAUGGGUGCUACGGCGGGAACAUAUCCGCUCUAUCGGCUCUAAGUUUAACUACUUGGAAGAGUACUCCUUCACUAAGGAACGGAUCUGGUCCGACCCAAAGUGCUACCAGUCAUGGUACCACCGGCGGUGGUUAGUUAGCGCUUCUCCGUCACUGGUCGACUUGGAAUUCGACGACUUAGAUAUGCUACUAGCAGAGGACUCAAAAAAUUACAACGCCUGGCAACAUCGGAAAUGGCUCGUAGAAACCAUGUUCCAAUCCAAGGAAAUUCUCUUAAAGGAACUCCAAUGGACGGAAAACCUCAUCUACCAGGACUGCCGGAAUAACUCAGCCUGGAACUACCGAACCUGGCUACUGAACUCCGCCAUCACCAGCCAUCCGGAACCAGGUUCCUCUAUCUCGAAUCGUCCGGAGCAAAAUCCACUUCUUGUUAAGGAGAUUCUCUGUACCACCAAAUGGCUCAAACGCUGCCCCAACGAUGAGGCCAUCAUCAACCAUCUCCGGGCCCUCUUCCAUGACCCGCUCCCCGGUGCCCUCAAUAAAUUCUCCUAUGUGUCUUUCGAAGAAGCUCCGGACUGUGUAAGCGCGUUACACACACUUUCCGCACAUGGCACGCACUAA